AUGCUCUCCAACAUCGCAGAAAAAUUUCAUGCGACUUCAAUAUAUGAGUAUGACUGGCAGAGAGUUACUAUUGCAACACUCGCCAUAUUAGCUCUGACAUAUUCGUACUGGGUAUACCCCGGGUCCCAAAACCCUGGUCCUGGAUGCCCUAGGAUUUACGAAGAACGAGCCGCAAGUCCUACUCGCGGACAGCACCAGGUCUUCUUAUCUUGGGUCUUCCCGGACGGCUAUAGCCUCAAUCGUGUCAGUCUGUUCUACAUCGAUUACGAGGACCCGGAUAGCCUGAAAGAAGAGCUAAAGCGGUACGAUAUGGCUGGUAUUCUUGCCAUACCAGUAUUCCAUGGCACUCUUUUCGGGCCUGGGAAACUUCUUCUCGCAAACGAUGAUAUUGAAACGAAAGAUCUCCUUCGAGUUUCGGCCCGCGUCAUUUUCCUGGUCGUUUAUCAUAGGGAGGCAUCUGAGGCUAUCCUUACUACCGAAUCCCGUCUAUUAAAAGUUUUAGUGAACCCGGGACCAAUAUGGGAUAAACCGAUGAGUAUUGAUGACUUUGAGGAUAUGGUCGGAACCUUCGAGAAGGGUCGAAUUCAAAAAUACGAAACUCGCCACGGAAAAAAAACCUCGGGUGCCCGGCAGCCCGUAGAUGCAAAAAUUGGCGCAAUACAGCUCUGUAACUAG